GAACUACAAGUGCCAAAUCCAACCUUUCUCUUUUUAAACUAAUAAUUUCCUCGUAUUUUCCAUCUUGAGAUUGAAACUUGUCUGUUCCCAACAAUCACGGCAAUUUUAAUUUUAAUUUUUUUUUUUUUUAAAUCACGGCGUAUACAUUUAUUUUUAUAUCGUACUUCAGUGUCGGUCACUUGAAUCUAUUCUCCAAUCAAUACCAUCCUUAUUCCUUGCUCAUCAUAUUCAAGAAUUUUAACUCAAAAUACUACAUAGUUAAAAGCAAGCUCCAAAGAAAGCAACUUGAACCAGCACAGUCCAAGUCUUUCAGUGGGUAGAAAAAUGAAGCUCAAUUGGUUUAGAAACAAGCAGAACCAUAUGCUUGUGAAGUUAGUGGUUGCCAUUCUGUUGAUGGGUUUUGCUUUUCGUCUUGUUUUCUUUCGUUCCACAACAGUUUCUCCCAUCUUAGAACAAACCCCUAUUGCCCGGAAAAGUGUGCUUCCAAAUCCAAAUCCAAGUCCAAGUCCAAACCCAAACCCAAAAACUGUUUCUCCCAUCUUAGAAGAAACGAAUAUUUCCCAGAAAAGUGUGGUUCCAAUUCCAAUUCCAAUUCCAAAUCCAACUCCAAACCCAAACCCAAACCCACCUGUUUAUGUGCAAGUUCAAGGAAAUGAAGGUCAGGUGCCUCCAAAAGAAAAUUUUGAAGAAAAAUGUGAUCUUCUUACUGGGGAUUGGAUACCUAACCCAUUAGGUCCUACGUACACUAAUCGGAGCUGCUCAUUAAUUGAAAGUCAUCAGAAUUGCAUUGAUAAUGGGCGGCCAGAUAGAGGGUACCUGUACUGGAGGUGGAAUCCAAGAGAUUGUGAGUUACCUCCUUUUGAUCCAGAGAGAUUUCUUGAGACGAUGAGGGACAAAACAUGGGCACUAAUUGGCGAUUCAAUAUCUCGCAACCAUGUCCAGUCAUUGCUCUGCAUGCUCUCACAGGUAGAACAAGCUGUUCAAGUUUACCAUGAUGAAGAUUAUAGGUCCAAAAGAUGGCAGUUCCCCUCUUACAACUUCACUAUCUCAGUUAUUUGGUCCCCCUUCCUUGUAAAAGCAGAUAUUUUUGAGGACUUUAAUGGUGUUUCAACAUCUGAAGUUGAGCUGUAUCUCGACAAACUUGACAAGAAGUGGACUGAUCAAUACCAGAAAUUGGAUUACAUGAUAAUUUCAAGUGGGAAAUGGUUUCUAAAAACUGCAAUCUAUCAUGAGAAUGACACAGUGUUGGGCUGUCAUUACUGUCCUAAAAGAAAUUUGACGGAGUUGGGAUUUGAUUUUGCUUAUCGGAAAUCCCUCCGGUUUGUAUUGGACUUCAUAGUAUCGUCCAAUCACAAGGGCCUGAUAUUUUUUAGGACAUCCACGCCAGAUCACUUUGAGAAUGGAGAGUGGUCUAGUGGAGGGAAUUGCCUCAGAACAGCACCAGUUAAAGAAGGUGAGAUGGAACUGAAUGAAUUAAUUAGGAUCCUGCGUAAGGUAGAGCUAGAGGAGUUUGAGAAGGCAGCACUUAAAGCUUCUGAAAACGGGGUGAACCUUAAACUUCUUGACUUAACUAUGCUUUCACUUUUGCGGCCUGAUGGGCAUCCAGGUCCAUAUAGAGAGUUUUAUCCAUAUGCAAAGGACAAAAACGCCACAGUUCAGAAUGACUGUUUGCAUUGGUGCUUACCUGGCCCAAUAGACUCUUGGAACGAUGUGAUUAUGGAGAUGGUUGUAAAUGGCUAAUUAUUUCACCAUAGUUUUGAUGCAUGAAACAUAUGUUCUCCAUUUCAGGUUUUGAAAAAUAUUGGAUAUGAGAAUUAUUCUUGCAGGAGUUGAGAACAAGUGAUACAUUCCCAAUUUCCCGCCCGGUGUUUGAUAAGAUUGGCCUUUCAGGUAUACCUGUAAUGUCAUCUACUCAUCUUUCCCUCGGGUUAUCUGUUUGGUGUCAACCAGCCCUGUUAGCGGAAUUUAUCUUCUAUGUGAAAUGUGUCGGAGGAUACAAAAAGAAGACGGGGUUAAUUGUAACUUGUAUUGUUAUUUAUAAUUGACAUUGUUUUAUAAUCACAAAUUCAAUAGUAAAAUCUAAUUGCAUCUGAAGUUAAGAGCUC